AUGUCAAAUAUUAUUAAUAAAAUAGGAAACCUAGAAGUACCCGAACAAGGAAACAGUUCAGUUAAUAUUAUAUUUGGAGUAUUAAAUAUUUUUUUUUUUGGAAUUGGUAUGAUAAUAUUAGGAAUAGUAAAUAAAGAUGUAGAUGAUUUAAUUAUUGGAAUUUUACAAUUUGUUAUUCCAAUAGUUGGUUGGAUUUGGGCUAUUAUUUGGGGUAUUCUCAUUAUUAUUAGAAAUGCUAAGUAA